AAAGUCGUUUAGAUUACGAAAAGAAAAAAGUAUAUAUCAUAACAAUUGCAGCUGUGGACAGUGGAUAUCCAUCACUGUCAACAGAAGCAAACAUUACUGUAUCUGUUGAAGAUGCUAAUGAUAUUGCUCCAAUGUUUGUUGAGCUUCCUUACCAUGCAUCAGUCCUGGAGAAUGAUUUUGGACACGUAAUCACUGUUCUGGCAAUUGAUGAGGAAGAAGGUGUAAAUGGCAAAAUUUCGUAUUCCAUCAUUGAUGGUAACUCACAAGGCUUGUUUGCAAUCAAUAGUUUUUCAGGACUGUUGAUGACCGUUGGAAGUCUUGACAGAGAAACAGCCGAGGAGCACACGUUGACAAUUGCUGCAAUUGACGGAGGCAAGCCAUCUCUCAAUGCAACAGCAACAGUUGAAAUUAGAGUAUUAGAUCAGAAUGACAAUCCGCCCAAGUUUGAUAGACAGUUGUAUAUGGGAAGUGCGAAAGAGUCGCAGCCACAAGAGCAAACCGUUGCUGUUCUGACAAUAACGGAUCAAGACAUUCAUCGUUCAUACUCAUUCAAUGUCAACUUUACAGACAGACAAUUAUUUUAUGUAGCAGCUGACCCUAAGAAUUCUAGCAUUGCUUAUUUCAUAGCUACAGCAAACUUAGAUCGUGAGGCUAAAUCUAGCUACAUGGUUCAAGUGGAACUUACCGACUCUGCUUCUCCCGACGUGUUUGUUACUACGACAGAUGUGUUUGUGAAUGUGCUUGACAUAAAUGACAAUGGCCCAAUAUUCCGAAACGAGCCAUACAGCUUCACCUUAUCGGAGAAUGUGACGGUUGGCACAAGUGUGUUUGCACUUCAUGCUACUGACCGAGAUGAUGGCACUAAUGCUAACGUCAGUUACAAGUUGACUGCUGGAAAUAUUGGUGAUGUCUUUGACGUCGAUUUCCAAUCUGGACAGGUUACUGUAGUUUCUUCUCUGGAUCGUGAAGUAAAGAACAAGUAUCGUCUGACUGUUGAGGCUUGUGAUGGCGGAGAUAUACAGAAAACUGCAGAAACAGUAGUUGAAGUGACUAUAGAAGAUGUGAAUGACAACGUGCCCGUGUUUACGUUGUCUCACUAUGAACAACAAGUUGACGAACGGGAGCAAACUGGAUUCUCGGUAUUGACUGUGUCAGCGAGUGAUGCAGAUGAAGGAAUGAAUGGCAAUGUGAGCUAUUCUUUAGAUUCUACGACAGUCUUUGCUGUCGAUUCUGAGUCUGGAAUCGUGACAGUUGAGGGUGCUCUCGAUCAUGAAACUCGACCAGUACAUAACUUCACUGUCAUAGCUAGGGAUAAGGGGACACCACCACUAUCUCAGUUUGCUUCUGUCACUGUCUUUGUUCUUGACCACAACGACAAUGCACCAAAUUUCAGUCAGUCAGUUUACACUGCGAAUGUGAGUGAAAACCUACCAAAUGGAACAUUCGUUGCUAAUCUGUUGGCAACAGACAGAGAUAGUGUUGCGACCAAAGGCCUACUGUAUUCGUUUGAACUGAGCAGUACGGGCAGUCUUGACAAGUUUAGUAUCAAUCGUACUUCUGGUGUGGUGACGACAUCGAUUACUCUUGAUCGGGAGACACAGUCUCGGCAUGAAUUAAGGGUUUCAGUGGAUGAUGGACAACUGAAAGGAUAUGCUAAUCUUGUUGUUUUCGUCUUGGAUGUCAAUGACAACGUCCCUCAGUUUCUGGAUGAACCGAUUAUUGGCCAUGUAACCGAGAACCAGGCAGCAAACCACAUUGUAAUACAGCUGCGGGCACAAGAUGAAGAUGAAGGUAGCAAUGCUCAAUUGCAAUUUUCUCUGUAUGCCUCUUACAGCAAUGCAUUCUUUAUCAACCAGAGCAGUGGAGAGGUGUUGACAACUAUGGAGUUAGAUAGAGAACUCGAGGCUGUCUAUAGGUUUGUUGCUGUGGUUAGUGAUCAAGGGACUCCACCGCUCAACGAGUCAACAGUAGUUGAGAUUAGAGUGCAGGAUGUGAAUGACCAGGCACCAGUAUUCACGAGAACAGAAUACUCAGUGAAUAUUUCUGAAGAUGUCAUGUCUGGAACUUUUGUUGUUCGUGUAGAAGCAGUGGAUGCAGACAUUGGCAGCAAUGCUGUCAUAACGUAUCGGUUUGCAACGUCUCCGCCAGACUCUUUUACUAUUGACAUUACAAAGGGAUCCAUCACUACAUUGAGACGAUUGGAUCGGGAGCAACAAGAUGUUUUCAACUUGACCAUUGAGGCUGUAGACAACGGACAACCUGCAAUGACAGGAACUGCUACAGUUGUUAUUUCAGUGAUGGAUGUUAAUGACAACGCACCACAGUUAGUUGUUUUCCCUUCUAAACUGUAUGUGAGGGAAGAUGAGCAUGUAGGAAAUAUCCUUUUAUCUGUUAAAGCAACUGAUUUAGAUGUGGGUGAAAACGGAAUUGUGUCAUUCUAUAUCGUCAGUGGCAAUGUGGACCGUGUCUUUGAACUGAAUGAAACAACAGGAGAGUUUAGGUUGGAUAGUCGUUUAGAUUACGAAAAGAAAAAAGUAUAUAUCAUAACAGUUGCAGUUGUGGACAGUGGAUAUCCAUCACUGUCAACAGAAGCAAACAUUACUGUAUCUGUUGAAGAUGCUAAUGAUAUUGCUCCAAUGUUUGUUGAGCUUCCUUACAAUGCAUCAGUCCUGGAGAAUGAUCUUGGACACGUAAUCACUGUUCUGGCAAUUGAUGAGGAAGAAGGUGUAAAUGGCAAAAUUUCGUAUUCCAUCAUUGAUGGUAACUCACAAGGCUUGUUUGCAAUCAAUAGUUUUUCAGGACUGUUGAUGACCGUUGGAAGUCUUGACAGAGAAACAGCCGAGGAGCACACGUUGACAAUUGCUGCAAUUGACGGAGGCAAGCCAUCUCUCAAUGCAACAGCAACAGUUGAAAUUAGAGUAUUAGAUCAGAAUGACAAUCCGCCCAAGUUUGAUAGACAGUUGUAUAUGGGAAGUGCGAAAGAGUCGCAGCCACAAGAGCAAACUGUUGCUGUUCUGACAAUAACGGAUCAAGACAUUCAUCGUUCAUACUCAUUCAAUGUCAACUUUACAGACAGACAAUUAUUUUAUGUAGCAGCUGACCCUAAGAAUUCUAGCAUUGCUUAUUUCAUAGCUACAGCAAACUUAGAUCGUGAGGCUAAAUCUAGCUACAUGGUUCAAGUGGAACUUACCGACUCUGCUUCUCCCGACGUGUUUGUUACUACGACAGAUGUGUUUGUGAAUGUGCUUGACAUAAAUGACAAUGGCCCAAUAUUCCGAAACGAGCCAUACAGCUUCACCUUAUCGGAGAAUGUGACGGUUGGCACAAGUGUGUUUGCACUUCAUGCUACUGACCGAGAUGAUGGCACUAAUGCUAACGUCAGUUACAAGUUGACUGCUGGAAAUAUUGGUGAUGUCUUUGACGUCGAUUUCCAAUCUGGACAGGUUACUGUAGUUUCUUCUCUGGAUCGUGAAGUAAAGAACAAGUAUCGUCUGACUGUUGAGGCUUGUGAUGGCGGAGAUAUACAGAAAACUGCAGAAACAGUAGUUGAAGUGACUAUAGAAGAUGUGAAUGACAACGUGCCCGUGUUUACGUUGUCUCACUAUGAACAACAAGUUGACGAACGGGAGCAAACUGGAUUCUCGGUAUUGACUGUGUCAGCGAGUGAUGCAGAUGAAGGAAUGAAUGGCAAUGUGAGCUAUUCUUUAGAUUCUACGACAGUCUUUGCUGUCGAUUCUGAGUCUGGAAUCGUGACAGUUGAGGGUGCUCUCGAUCAUGAAACUCGACCAGUACAUAACUUCACUGUCAUAGCUAGGGAUAAGGGGACACCACCACUAUCUCAGUUUGCUUCUGUCACUGUCUUUGUUCUUGACCACAACGACAAUGCACCAAAUUUCAGUCAGUCAGUUUACACUGCGAAUGUGAGUGAAAACCUACCAAAUGGAACAUUCGUUGCUAAUCUGUUGGCAACAGACAGAGAUAGUGUUGCGACCAAAGGCCUACUGUAUUCGUUUGAACUGAGCAGUACGGGCAGUCUUGACAAGUUUAGUAUCAAUCGUACUUCUGGUGUGGUGACGACAUCGAUUACUCUUGAUCGGGAGACACAGUCUCGGCAUGAAUUAAGGGUUUCAGUGGAUGAUGGACAACUGAAAGGAUAUGCUAAUCUUGUUGUUUUCGUCUUGGAUGUCAAUGACAACGUCCCUCAGUUUCUGGAUGAACCGAUUAUUGGCCAUGUAACCGAGAACCAGGCAGCAAACCACAUUGUAAUACAGCUGCGGGCACAAGAUGAAGAUGAAGGUAGCAAUGCUCAAUUGCAAUUUUCUCUGUAUGCCUCUUACAGCAAUGCAUUCUUUAUCAACCAGAGCAGUGGAGAGGUGUUGACAACUAUGGAGUUAGAUAGAGAACUCGAGGCUGUCUAUAGGUUUGUUGCUGUGGUUAGUGAUCAAGGGACUCCACCGCUCAACGAGUCAACAGUAGUUGAGAUUAGAGUGCAGGAUGUGAAUGACCAGGCACCAGUAUUCACGAGAACAGAAUACUCAGUGAAUAUUUCUGAAGAUGUCAUGUCUGGAACUUUUGUUGUUCGUGUAGAAGCAGUGGAUGCAGACAUUGGCAGCAAUGCUGUCAUAACGUAUCGGUUUGCAACGUCUCCGCCAGACUCUUUUACUAUUGACAUUACAAAGGGAUCCAUCACUACAUUGAGACGAUUGGAUCGGGAGCAACAAGAUGUUUUCAACUUGACCAUUGAGGCUGUAGACAACGGACAACCUGCAAUGACAGGAACUGCUACAGUUGUUAUUUCAGUGAUGGAUGUUAAUGACAACGCACCACAGUUAGUUGUUUUCCCUUCUAAACUGUAUGUGAGGGAAGAUGAGCAUGUAGGAAGUAUUCUUUUAUCUGUUAAAGCAACUGACUUGGAUGUGGGUCUGAAUGGUGAUGUCGAGAUUAGUCUGGUUGGUGGAAAUGUUGGCUCCAAUUUUAAUGUUACUCCAAGUGGCCUUUUCUCAGUUGCUAGGAGUCUAGACAGAGAGUUGAUACACAUGUAUAACCUCACCUUUCAGGCACAAGAUCGUGGCUCACCACUCAGAUCAACUACUACCAAUCUACUUAUUGAAGUUGUAGAUGUGGAUGACAAUGAUCCUGUGUUUAAGCCUGAUGUAUACUCGGUUUUUCUGAGAGAGGAUUCUUUGACGGGUUCUUCUGUAGUUCAAGUGACUGCAGAAGAUGCAGAUCAGGGAUCUAAUGCCGUAGUUGAUUACUCUUUACUUAGUCAUGCUGACGUCUUUGUUGUCAACAGAACAUCUGGAUUAAUUUCCACCAACUCAACUCUUGAUCGGGAAACCACACCAGAAUAUAACAUAUCUGUUGCUGCAAAUGGAUUGCUGACUUCUGUAGCAGUUGUGAUAGUAACUGUUGAAGAUGUAAACGAUCAAGCACCUCUUUUUGACCAACAGUCAUAUAUAGUGAAUGUUAGUGAGGCUACACCAGUUCGCACUGCUUUAUUGACUGUUGCAGCAGUUGAUGCUGAUGCAGGACUUAACAGUUAUGUGACAUAUGCUAUUAUUGAAGGCAAUGAAGAACGGAGAUAUGAUAUAGAUCGCAUUUCAGGUGUUUUGUCUAUUGCAGUGAGCCUGGAUUAUGAGGCAACUAAAAGUUACAUGUUGACUAUUCGAGCGUCAGAUGGUGGGAUUCCAUCUCAUCAUGAUUUUGUUACAGUAGCUGUGACUGUCAGAGAUGCUAAUGAUAACGAACCAAAGUUCAGUCAAUCUAUUUACAGGGUUACUGUUCCUGAAGAUUCAGUGGUUGGUUAUACAUUAGCUAAACUGUUUGCAAAUGAUGAUGAUUCAGGAGAAAAUGGACAAGUUUCAUAUCGACUUGAUUCCAACAGCAGUCUUUUUGCUGUUGAUCCAUCAACUGGUUUCUUUUAUUUGACUGCCAGUUUAGACUAUGAAAAGAAGACUGAGUAUGCAGUGACUGUCAUUGGAUAUGAUCAUGGAGAUCCUGCUCUCACUAAAAAAGUGAACGUCUCAGUAAUUGUGUCUGAUGUAAAUGACAACCGACCCUUUAUAUCUGUUCCCUCAAACACGUCUAUAGUAUAUCCAGAGCAGGGAACUGCCAUUGAUGUUGCUGAAAAAUUGAACGUGACAGACUUGGACACACACAGUCUCUACUUUAUUUACAAUGCCACAGUGGGGUUGCUAAAGUUGAAUGAGACUUUAGCUCCAGGGUUUGGUUUGCCUUGUGCAUUUAUUGAAGAUUCGUACAAGGUUUUAGUGAACUGCAAUAUUCACAAUCGAGCUAUUGAUUUGGUUUCAGGGUCAACAAGACACGGUGAUGUUUCAGUUGACAAUCGAGGAUUAGCGACUCUAAAUGGAGGGUACAUUCAAGUUCCCAAUGAGUAUGUUUAUCAUUUGUUGACCAGUGGGCAGCUUUCUGUUUUCUUGUGGAUAUCUAGUGAAACACAUAGGGAAGGGACUUUGUUCUCUAAAAUACACUUGGCUACUGGUUUAGUCUACUAUCGUCUUACAUACACCAGGAGUGAGCUUGUAUUCAAGUAUCUUCCUUCAGGAGCAUCAAACAGCAGUGAUGCCAUUAGACUGUCUUGUCCUCAUAUGCUAAUUUCAUCGUUGUCAUUGUGGCACUAUGUUGGUGUUGUUAUCAGUUAUCCUAUGCUGACAUUUUAUGCUGGCAACUCAUCCUGUGUAAGAUCUUUGACACACCCUUUCUCUGACAAUAUCCAGGGGACUGUGUUUGUCGGCACUGAGCAACCUGGAGUGAAUCCAUUGAUUGCCAAAAUGUGGGGACUUUUCGUAACAGAUUAUGUCCUUACAAUUGAUAAAGUGGUCUGCUUGACGACUUGCACUGCUCCUAGAUUAACUGGCCGUUUGGUACUGAAACGACCAUUACCGUUUUCUGGUUCAAUAAGAGUAACACACUUGGAUAAUAAACGCAGUCUGCUAUUUGAGGGCAAAGCAACUGUAAGUGAGUAUGAAGAAGCAUUGCGUCUUGUUCAAUAUCACAGCCAGGAUGAAGAGCCUCACUCUGGUCCUCGUCAAAUAUUAUUUGUAGUAAAUGAUGGUAAUUUUUCUAGUCCUGCUACUAUAGCAAAUGUGUCAAUUGUAACAUACAGUGACAGUCCACCUGAGCUUGCUGUUCUAGAGGAUGAUCCUGUACUAACAGAAGGUCAGCUGUCAAACAUAGGUCAUGUAAUUUGCAUUACUGAUGCUGAUGCCAACAUUCCUAAUAUUAUCACAGCAGCAACGGCAUCUUUGUCUGGUUAUCAUGCAUUAAGUAGUAGCAGUCUUGGUUGUGGAUUUGAAUUUAAGAGAUCGAGAAACUUGGCAAGUUGUGGAGGAGGAAAUGCAAUUGAUGUCUUUCCUUUUUCAGUAGUUUAUGGCAAUGCUCAACUGAGUGACAGUGUGCUUGAUUUAAGCAGUGCUGGAUAUGCAGAAUACAACGCAAGUGGUUUGACUAUCAACGGACAGUCUGCGACGUUCUCAGUAUUUGUCAAACUCCAAAAUGCAAAUGGAUUUGUUUUUAGCAAGUAUUCCACAGAUGGUCUUGUUCGGUAUUCAUUACACUUUACGAACAAUGGACAGUGGAUUGUGUUCGGAUAUCACAGCAGCUCUGUUGGUAUGAUUACAGUCUACUGGUUCCUUCAGUCUGCUGUCAAUGAUGGUGAAUGGCAUCAUGUGGCAGUUGUCAUGAACUUCCCAGACAUAGCAUUGUUUAUAGAUGGUGUUGCACACGAGGUUCAGUAUGUUAAUGAUACAAUCUUUGGCAAUUAUAGUAUUCCUCUGAAACAUCGGCUCAUUGAUGGAGUUGGAAAACUGACAAUAGGCGCUCAGUCUAAAGGUGUAAUGCAAUUACACGGACAAUUUACAAGAUUUGAAGUGUGGACUGAUGCAGCUGAUCGAGGAUUUAUUGAUUGUAUAAUUGGAUGUGGCGAGUAUCUCACAUUGCUGUCAAUGCACCCCUUAGUCAGAGCUACAUUUGCCAAUGGCUUUAGAAUGGUUACGCUGAAUGGGACAGCAACAGUACAAGUUUAUGCAACUCUGUUGUCCAGUAUAGCCUAUGGUGACCGCGUGGAAGAACCAGCUCAAAUUGAUCGACACUUGAGCGUGCAGGUAUUUAAUAAAGACGAAGCUAGCAACAGUCUGAUGGUUGAUAUAUCAGUACAACUGAUUAAUGAUCAAACCCCAGAGUUGGAUUUGAAUACUAAUUCUCGUGGAAAUAACUAUACAACAUCUUUUGAGGAAGGAGGGCAUUCAGUGAGAUUAGUUGGCUCUAAUUUCAAUCUUACUGAUUCAGACUCAGGCACUUACAACAUCUCAUCUGUUGUUGUCAACAUUACCAAUGCAUUGGAUGGUUCUGAUGAGGUAGUGACAGCUGUGACUGAGGGAACGGAUAUAGUGAUAUUCAGAAUGAAUAACACACUUGUUUUGGCUGGACCUGCAUCUUUAGAAGAUUUCAGAAAACUUUUAGCGACAACUGCAUACCUUAAUACUGCACCUGAGCCAUCUGCUGUCCAAAGAGUGAUCUCGUUUGUGGUUAUCGAUACCAACACAACUUUGCGGAGUUCUUCUGUAUUUGCAAUUGUCAACAUUGUGCUAGUCAAUGAUGCUCCAAAGCUGCUCUUUGUUGGUGACCCUCACAGUUUGGUGACACUUGUCAGGUACAACGAAAGUGACGGGAAAGUCCAUCUAAUUUCAAGAGGUGUGGACAUAUUGGAUCUGGAUAACUCAACUAUGGAUUCUGCCCAUGUGUCACUGCAGUUAGUUCCUGAUGGAAAGCAUGAAACUCUUGGCAUUUUUGGAUCUCUUCCUUCUGGCAUACAAAUUUCAUUUAUGAACGGCACACUUGUUAUGACUGGAAAGGCAAAUGUUUCAGUGUAUGAAGCUCUUUUUCAGUCAUUAUAUUAUGAAAAUUCAGAUGACAAUCCAACAGAGAUUACUCGUCGGAUUACUAUUGUUGUGAGUGAUGGACUAUUAUUAAGUGAGGCCAGGUAUGUUACAGUGAGCUUUUCUGCUUUAAACGAUCCUCCUGAGCUUGAUAUCAAUGGUAUGGGAACUGAUGGCUUCAAUUUCAGUGCUGUGUUUACAGAAGGAGAUGAUGGCAUUGCAAUAACAGCAUCCAAGUCAGUCUUACUGGAUGUUGACAGCAGGAUAUUGUCAUGUUUACAUGCUCAAAUACUAAAUUUAAGUGACAUGACUAGUGAGUGGUUGUAUGUGGCAGGUAGCCAAUCAAAUAUUGUUUGUGAUUAUAACUACACUCAUGGCAUCCUUCAGUGUGUUGGAAAUGCAACUUCUUAUGAGUAUCAAGGAUUACUACAAAGUCUGCAAUACAACAACAGUGCUGAAGAACCAUCUGCAGUCAGGCGAAUAAUUGAAAUUCAAGCCAAGGAUUUGGAAGGAGGUGUGAGUAGUUCAGUUUAUGCAACAGUUGAUAUUACAUUUAUAAACGAUCCACCAGCACUAAAUGUCAACUUGACAAGAGUUCCAGUCUUCACAGAGGGUGAGUCCAGUAUUCAACUAUUGAAAGAUGAGGCUGUGAGUAUCACAGAUAAUGAUAACUCCACAUUUGCAUUUAUUGAAGUAAUCAUACAAGAACCUCUGAACAAGCAAUCAGAAUUCUUGAAUGUUUCUGUUGAUGGUGCACUGUCAACUAGAUCUGAUGUAGGAGACAUGUCACGAUUCUACUUUUCAUUUGCAAAUGGCCCUUUACCUGCUUCUGCCUUUAUUGAACUGUUGCAUAGUCUAGUUUACAGCAAUGUAGCACCAGAGCCACUAGGAGAGAAAAGAUUGUUAGAAAUGAGAAUCAGUGAUGGAAAAGACUUGAGUCAGCCCAUUGUGAUGCAGUUACUAAUCAACGAAACAAAUGGCUUUAUACCUAUGUUACUCAACUUUAGUGGAACUGCUAGUGUAAUUGAAAAUGUCAGUGUAGGCCACGUAAUUGAUCAAGUGCAGGCUUUAGAUGGUGAUGGCUCUGACGUCGUGUUCUUCUUGCUCCCUGACGAUGUUUUCGUAAUAGACAGGUUAACUGGUGUGAUUACUUUAAACCAGUCUCUUGAUCGGGAAUCCGUGUCCAACUAUACAUUGACUGUGAUUGCUACUGACACGGGACUUCCUGCUCGAUCGGUUUCCCAUCCAUUAGUUGUCAAGAUAACAGAUGUCAAUGACAAUGAACCAGUCUUUCUACCAAGAAGUGGGAAGGUCUUAGUCAGGGAAAAUGAAGCGAUUGGUUACGUGGUUAGUGUCAUUGAUGCUUAUGAUUCUGAUUCUGGAGACAAUGGACGAGUAGCAUACUUCAUUGAGUCAGGUGACAUUGGUGGAGUGUUUGCUGUUAAUCAAACUUCUGGAGAAUUGACUGUUACUGGUGGGCUAGACAGAGAGUUGAUUUCAGAAUACUUUCUGACUGUACUGGCUCGUGAUCAUGGGCUUCCUGUGCAAGCUGCUAGGACUACCGUUCAAAUUGAUGUACUUGAUGCUAACGACAAUUCACCAAAAUUUAGUCAACAUCUCUAUUCAAUGUCUGUAGAUGAAAAUAAGCCUAUUGGAAGUGAGGUUGGAAGAGUAUCAGCUAUUGAUGCUGAUGCAGGAAGGAAUAGCAACAUUACGUUUUCUAUUGUAUUUGGGUUCAAUAAUACAUUUCCUGAAUUUGUUAUUGAGCCAUUGACAGGAGUACUCACCACUGCAGUGGUGCUGGACAGAGAGAUGUGUGACUUUUACUCUCUGGUGGUUGUCGCUACUGAUAUGGGUUUACAGCCACUAUUUGGGACUGCUAUUGUGAAUGUCACUGUUAAUGAUGUCAAUGAUAACUCGCCAGAAUUUACAAAUUCUGUUUAUUUGGCUAAUGUAAGUGAAGGUGCCGUUCAAGGAACAGCACUACGGUCUGUGACAGCAAGAGAUCUGGAUUUAGGUGCGAGUGGUCUUAUUGUUUAUUCUAUCAAGAAUGGCAGUGGAACUGGUCUGUUUGACAUAGGAAGAACUAAUGCAACGAUAUAUUUACUUGGCAAACUAGACAGAGAGCUGGUUGACAGUUAUACUCUAAUUGUAACAGCAAUUGACCACGGGUCUCCAUUUCUUACAUCUCAGACUGAUGCUCUCGUUGUCAUUUCAGUUCUGGAUGAAAAUGAUAAUCGACCAAUGUUUACAUUGCUUAAGUACACUGCGACAGUAGAGGAGAACUCACCUGUUGGUACGUCUCUAGUCCAAGUCUCAGCUAGUGACUCUGAUUCUGGCUCUAAUGCACUUCUGUUUUACUCAACAUCAGACAUGGAUGUAAAUAGUUAUCUGAUUUUCAUCAACCAGGCGUCUGGCCUUGUUACUGUGAAUGGCCCAUUUGACUUUGAAACAGAUCCACUUAUUUCUUUGUCUGUGGUGGUAAAGGAUGGUGGCAAUCCACCACAGUUUAGUACGGCAACAAUUGACAUUACUGUUCUUGAUGCAAAUGAUAACGUUCCACGGUUUAGUAGGCAAAACUACAUGGCUUUGAUACAGGAAAAUGCCACUGUUGGGUACACAGUGCUACAGGUAAAUGCAACAGACAGAGAUGGUGGGGCUGCUGGAGAGAUCACUUUUUCGAUUAUCACCCAGAUUCCAAGUGGUCAUUUCUCUGUGGAUCCCGUGUCAGGUGCUAUAAUAUUGACAAAGUCACUCAACUUUGAGUCAGAGCAAAUUCACAUUGUGCGUGUCAGGGCAGAAGACAAAUGGAAACCUCCAAAUUAUAGUGUUACUCAAGUCACUAUAAGAGUCAUUAAUGUCAAUGAUGUUUCUCCACACUUUGCUCAACAAGCUUAUUUUGCUACUGUGAAUGAGGAAUUACAAUCUGGCACUUUAGUAACUCAGGUAUCUGCCAGUGAUCCUGACAAUUUGAAUGCUAACAUUACCUUCUCAAUUGAUGAAAGUGCUGCUAGUAAUAAUUUCAGCAUAAAUGCUAUUACUGGUGUUGUUUCUACAGCUACGGUACUGGAUAGAGAGGUAGUGAAACAGUUGCAGAUUGUGGUAAGAGCCACUGAAAAUGGUGACCAUCUUAUGUAUUCUACUGUUCUGGUCACAGUUAGAAUUGAAGACAUCAAUGACCAUUCUCCGGUGUUCGCUAAAUUGUUUUACAAUGCCAGUGUGGCAGAAGAUACACGACCUGGGUCGACAGUCUUUACUGUUUUGGCUGAAGAUGCUGAUGUUGGUGUCAAUAGCAAGAUCAUGUAUCAUAUAGUCGGAGGGAGUGGAGUAGGCCAGUUUGAUGUUGACUCUACUAGUGGUGCUGUGUCAUUGAACAAAUUUUUGGAUCGGGAAGUAGUUUCUAACUAUAGUCUGAUACUUCAGGCAACAGAUGGAGGCAACCCUAUGCUGACUGCUGAAGUGACUGCUGUAAUCAUGGUGACUGAUGUCAAUGACAAUAGUCCUAGUUUUUCUCAAUCAGAAUAUCAUGUACGGGUGAGUGAGUCUGCAUCCCUCAACACAACUAUAGGGCAGGUACUGGCUGUUGAUCGUGACUUGGGUUCCAAUGGAAAGAUUGUUUAUUCUCUUGCGGCUGUGGAUCUACUCAGAAUUGACAGUUUCUCAGGUAGUAUGCACCUGAAUGGUAAGCUAGACUAUGAAAACAAGACAACACACAGAAUAGAAGUGUUUGCUCAUGAUUUUGGAAAGCCUCAACAAUCAUCACACACAUUAGUUGUUAUCAACGUCAUUGAUUCCAAUGACAAUAGCCCAAUGUUUACAGCAGAUUCGAGUACGUAUACUAGAUAUGUUAUGGAAUUAGAUAGAGUGGGAGUCUCAAUCCUCCAAGUGUUUGCAGUGGAUAAAGAUGCCGGUACAAACAGUCAAAUUACCUAUCAUUUACAAAAUUCUUCUCUGCCUAUUCUAUUUACUGUUAACUCAGUUACUGGAGUUGUUACCAACACGGCACCUUUGGACCGAGAAACCAUGGAUGUGUUUGCAUUUGAGAUUAACGCUGUUGACGGUGGCAGUCCAGCUCAGACUGCUGUAGCUAUGGUGUCUGUUAAUAUUCUGGAUAUCAAUGACAACCAUCCUGUAUUUGAUCGUGUUAACUACACCUUUUUUGUGCAUGAAGGUGAGAUUGUGGGAAGUCCUAUUGGUCAAGUUGUUGCUAGUGAUGUUGAUUUGGGAGAAAACGGGACAGUGGUGUACAGUCUGGCAGAUGGUACAUUUAACGUGACUGCUAUCAAUGGUCUCAUUGUGCUUGCAAGGUCUUUGGAUCAUGACAAUGGCUCAACAUCACAUGAAUUUUUAGUAGAAGCCAGGGAUUUAGGUUCUGUGUCACUGUCAGGAUCUGCCGUUGUUCGAGUGGUUAUUGGUGACAUAAAUGACAAUGCGCCAGUCAUUGACCUUGAUACUACUAAUUCAUCAUCCAACAACUACCAGACAUCAUUUGUGGAGCAGACGAGUGGGUCUGUGCCUGUAGUGUCAAAGAAUGUGAUGAUUUUUGAUGCAGAUGUGUUGGCUACUGUUAAUUUUUCGUCUGUCAGUGUGACACUCGUGAAUCCCGUUGGCCCUGAGGAUGUUCUGUUUUCUGAAAUGAGCUCAGUUUUUGAUGUUCGUGUUACUAUUGGUCCAAGCCAGCAUUCUGCAUUUCUACGUGGUCCAGCUUCUUCGACAGCUUUUGUGAUGGCUUUGCAGUACUUACGCUACAAUAACACAAAUUAUAGAAAUCCUCAACAAUUUCCUGAGAGAGUAAUAAGAUUUGAAGUCAGUGAUGGUGGGAUGGUGUCUCAACCAGUCAAUACAACUGUGAGGAUUGUCACUGUCACUGAUCCUCCAUAUCUGUUUACAGGCAUCAGACAACACAAUUCAUCUGUUGAAGUGAAGAUUGGCACCCGUAGUGCUCAUAUUGCAAUGUAUGUAACUGUUAUCGACCCUGACAGUAGUAGACUAGUGUCUGCUGUGAUAACGUUACAAGGGAACGAGAUAAAUGAAACAGUUGUGUGUGAUACAACAGGAACUAACAUUACAGCUGUAAUUCAUCCAGCACAAGUUGUUCUCACUGGUGUAGACUCCAUCAGAAACUAUACGGUUGUGUUGAGGUCAGUUCAGUUUCUACAUUACAAUUUGAGCACUACAGAGGGACAGCGACUCAUUUCUUUUGUGGUCAGAGACGAUUCAGGUGAGUGGAGUGAACCAUCAUUUGUAAUCAUUGCGCUUGUCAAGACUGCCCUGGUUGAUUUAAAUGGGAUUGCUAGUGGUCUUGACUAUUCAAUUUUGUAUAAAGAGAUGGAUGGUAAACGUGCCAUUACUAGCCAACAGGUUCGUGUCAUAACGCAGUCAGGAAUGGUUGAUGCUGUAAACAUUACACUCGAGGCAACACCAGAUGGAGCAGCAGAAGUCCUCACUGUUGAAAGUUAUGUUUUGUUUGGUACCAAACUGGUGCAACUGCCAUAUUCAUCUGCUAGUCGUCAGCUAGUUCUACUAGGACCUGAUAAAGCAGAGAACUUUGAGAAAGCCUUACUGACACUUCGGUACAAGAACACUGAAAUGAAGAGCAUUAUUAACAAUCAGCCUUCACUAGAGACAAGGAAGGUAAGCUUUAUAGUGACAGAGGGGAAUGGAGAAAGUCCAUCAUCUACGACAUUGAUUGAAUUUUCUCGAGACUGUGACUUACAAAAUGCAAAACACACAUCUGCAUCUCUCUAUGACGUCAGCUCUACUUCUCGUCUGCAAGCCUUGUCACCAUGUCACUCAAUAAUUGGAUCAGGAGUGUCUGUACAGUGUCAGUCGUCAUGCAAUAUUACAUCACUUUUGCCAUUGAUGUUUCUUCAGUCUGUGAAAACAUUGGAAUUAAAAUCAUUGUCAGUUACAUCAUUUGCAGGUCUUGGAAACCUCAUAAAUCUAGAAUCACUAUUGGUUGAAGGCAACACCCACCUGACAACUUUUGAUGGAUUUAGCCAACGUCUAAUGUCAUUGUCAAAAGACCUAGUGAUAAAAUCGAAUCCUCAUUUAGUCAGCAUCAGUGGAUUAUCGUCACUUCAUACGAUAUCAGGAAAGGUAGAAGUGCGUAGCAACGCAGCUCUAAAAAAUUUGAGGGGACUUGAGUCUUUGCAGACUAUUGGUCAAGAUCUCAUCAUAUCUCUAUCAAGUGUUGAAAGUCUAGAUGGAUUACAGAAUCUCACGACAAUUGGUCGCCUUUUAUCUAUCUCUGACAAUAGCCGGUUGCUUAAUGUCAAUGCUUUGAGCGGGCUAAUGUCGAUUGGAAGUGACAUGUAUGUCUUUUUUAAUGGCCAGCUGUUGAACUUGGAUGGUCUGCACAAUGUUGUGUCUGUAGGGAGAACUGUUUUCAUUACUGGUAAUUCACAGCUUUGCUAUAUGAAUGGUCAACUACUAAAAUCAUCACGUUGGAUUGGUAUUGCGGAAAAAGUAGUUGUACAGCUUAGUCCAACGUGCCUGUCAAAAUGUUCAGAUUCACCUUGUAAGAAUAAUGGCAACUGUUCUGAUUUGGUUGGAGGUGGAUUCUCUUGUUCUUGUCAAGAGGGAUAUAGUGGUUUGUCUUGCUCCAGCAGCGAUACCUCUGGAGUGUCGUUUGCUCUAGAUAACAAACAACACAAUCAUGACAACACUAUGGUAACUAUAGUUGUUCGUGAAAACAUGGAGAAUCUUGGUGAAACAGUUGGACUUGUGGUUGGUAAUAUUAUGGAGAAAUUCCUCAAAAGUCAUGACGUUGUUGUAGUUGUGGCCAAUGUUUAUUCUAGUGAAGAUGAAAGUCAAGUUGUUCUGGCAGUUUUGCAAGGGAGCAACAUUGUACCAGCAAAUCAAGUAAUUGAAGCACUGGAUUCAAAUGGAUAUGACAAGCUGUCACAUGACAUUGGGCUAUCCGUGGAGGCUUAUUUUGCAACAGGUGGCAAUUUAGAUGGUGCGACAGAGCCCAAGGACUUCCUGGAGUCAAAUGUGAAAGAAAUAAUGAAUUACAAAGUGGCUUUGGGUGUCGCUGUAGCAACACUCAUUCUUAUUGCAGCUGCAGUGGUUAUAGCUGUUUGCUUAGUUCAGAGGCGGAACAGAAAUUAUAACUACAGGAAGCAUCUAGUGCAGGAUUCAGGAGGAAGCCAAUCAGGCUGAUCAUGACAAUCAGACAAGUGACAUAACAUGCUAAAGUGCAUUCUUGUCACAUGAGAAGAUUGCAUGGUGACUGAGUAUUAUUAAUACAGUCAGUAAAGUAUAUUUUUACUACACUUUUUGUAAGAAUGAUUUGUACGUUUUUCUAUGGCUCAUAAAAUACAUAAUCUAUAACAAUCA